AAAGAUAAUGUGAAUUGCGGUAUAAAAAGCUCAUCGUCUCUGUAAUUCCACUAGUUCAUCUUAAAAAUAGCUUAGAUAAAGAUGUAUCUGAAAUCAGCAGUAGUGAUAGUUUUAGUUCUGGCUCUGGUGAAAGCUGAGCCAUUCAAGUUCGACAACUACCGAGUGUAUACAGUUAAAGUGGAAAAUGAUGAUCAGUUGUUGGCACUAAAGGAUCUCCAAACUGGACCUCAUCACUAUGAAUUCAUCGAUGAACCAAUGCGAAGUGGACAGGAAGUUGAUUUAAUUGUACCACCAAGUUAUCAAGAUGACUUUGAAUCACUUGUAACAGGGAAGGAGAUGAAAGUCGAAAUGAUCAUUCCUAAUCUACAGAAGUUGAUUGAUAAUGAGAGACCCCAGAAGAUGGCAUCUCGAGCUGCUGAAGAUUUUGGAUGGGAUGAUUAUUAUGAUGUCAAUACCAUUUAUGAAUGGUUGUAUCAGUUGGAAGAGCUCUAUGAUGAAGUUACUAUAUUCAGGGUUGGAACAAGUUACGAAGGACGAGAUAUUCUUGGUGUAAAUAUCAAUCGAAAUCCUGGACAAAAUCCAGGGAUCUUUAUUGAAUCAAACAUUCAUGCACGAGAGUGGAUUACAUCAUCUUCAACAACCUGGAUCAUUAACAAAUUGCUUACAGCAACAGAUGCUGAACCUGCAAUUAAGGAUUUGGCUGAUAAUGUGAACUGGUACAUCGUACCCGUACUCAAUGUUGAUGGUUACGAAUACACCAGAGAGCAUUACAGACUCUGGAGGAAGACAAGAUCACAACAGGGCUUCAUUUGUGUUGGCGUCGAUCCCAACAGGAAUUGGGAUUCAUACUGGGAAAAGGGAGGAAUUGGUUCAUCUGCCAAUAUGUGUGAGAUCACAUAUGCUGGACCAGAAGUCUUUUCAGAAGUCGAAACACGAUCACUUGCCGAAUAUGUUUUGAGCAUCAGGGAUAACUUGAAUAUUUACCUAGCUUUCCAUUCUGCAGCUCAAAUGAUUCUUAUGCCAUGGGGCCAUACAACGGAAUUUAUUGAAGAACAUGAUGAUUAUAUGAGUAUGUUGGACAUUGCUGUAACAACCCUAACUGCACGCCAUGGAACUCCGUAUACCUACGGACCUACGUAUACUACCAUCUAUCCUACAACGGGUACAUCUUCUGACUGGGCGUACUACGCUCUCGGAAUUCCUGGUUUCACUUACGAAUUCCGCGGUAGGAAUCCUGAUACUGGCGAAAGAUACUCAUUUGUAGCACCACCAGAUCAGAUUCAACCAAAUGCCGAAGAGGUGUUGGACUCCUUGGGAGCAUUGGUUGGUAGAGCACGAGAAUUGGGAUACAUGUAGAUGACUAAUAUUUACUAGAAUUUAUUACACUCUUUCAUAACAUUUCCGUUUGACGUUAUCCGUUCAGAAGAAAUUUAUGAUACCAUAAUCAAACAUUCUUCAGGUGUAAUUAAAUGGCAAUCAAACCCCCCAAUUUUCACAUACCCAAAACAACUUGAACACUCAACAAGUAAUCUUUCAAUUGAUGCAGAAUGAGAAUAGAAGAAUUAUGAUACGCUGUAAUCUAAGAUGUGAUACACUUGAUACGAAAGAUAGUAGUUGGCAAAAUAAAGUAUAAAAGACUAA